AUGGAAACGAAACUAAUCAGUUCCGGCUCGACAUUCGAGAAAGAAAUUGGUUAUCCAAGAGUAGUCGUAGUUGAUGAAAUGACUUUUGUCUCGGGAACAACAGGAUAUGAUUAUACCACUAUGGAAAUAUCUGACAAUGGGGUCGAGCAAGUAGACCAAACUAUAAGAAAUAUCGAAAGUGCUUUGGCUGAAGCUGGGUUUUGUUUGCAAGAUGUGAUAAAAGCCACAUAUAUAUUUCCAGAUGCUAGUGAGUUUGAAAGAUGCUGGCCAACACUAAGAAAAUAA